AUGACCGUCAUCACAAAGAGCAGCAGCAGGAGCAGGGCCGCGGCGGAAACCCUACAAGGCCGGCUCGAAAUUCGUUUCCCGCAGAGAGAGCUGAGAGACGUCCCCCAAGACGAAGAGUGGUGCGAGCUUGUGGAGGGCGAACAUGUCACGCGCAUCCGGUUCCACGACUAUGCCCAGGUCUUCAACAUCCCCGGCCUAUACAACCAGCUCUUCGGCGGACCCGACUCGGAGACGAAAUGUGUCUCGCCGCAAGUCAUGACCACGCUCCUGCGCGACCAGCUGCACCUGCUGCUUCACGACGGCCAGGAUAGUGAGCAACGUGAGUGCAGGCCGAAGCUGCGGAUCUUGGAUCUUGGCGCGGGAAAUGGCAUGGUAGGCGAGGAAUUACGCUCUGUCAUCCAGGAGUAUGAUGGUGGACUCCUCGCAGACUCCACCAGCAUUGUAGGAUUUGAUAUUCUCCCGGAAGCAAAGGCAGCGACUGAGCGCGAGCGGCCUGGUGUGUACGAUGCGUAUGUGGCUGCUGAUGUCACGGAGUACGUCAAAGCGCCGCCGAGCAGCCCCACUGAGACGAUGCUCUUCGCCCAGGGGUUUAAUGUGCUGACGUCGGUCAGCUCGCUGGCUUUCGGGGACGGAAGUGUACAAGCGUUCAAAGCUGCAGUGUCUCUGGUUGAGGAUGGCGGGUUGCUGGUGUUCAAUCUGAAGGAGAACUUUGAGUCGGUGGAUUCUGAUGUAGACGGCGAGGGUGAUGCUGUUGGUACAAAUGGAUUCUCAGGCCUCAUUAAAAAUGCUGUUGAGAAAGAAGUCCUCUCAAUUGUGGCUAGAAGGAGGUAUUGCCAUCGUUACUCUGUCACCGGAGAGCCGCUGUAUUAUGUGGCUGUGGUAGCCAUCAAACACGCGACGCUGCGUUAA